AUGGGGCGUUCCAGGCCAUACAAGCAGCGGCUACGUAUUUAUGUAGCCUUGAUUAUCUCAGCUCUGGCCGUGCAGCUGGGCCAGGCCUCGGCGCGGGUCUGCAUCGUGGACCUCGAAAUCAAGGGUUCCGCCCUGACCCUGGGAGGCCACGUGCACGAGCCUGUGGAAGCGAAGCUGGUUCCAUAUGGCGCGGCUGAGGCCUCGGGUGUCGUGUCUGUGGCGCUGUCGUCUGCAGGAGAGUCGUGCCCCCCGGCUGCGGGCGAUCUCCGGGCAGCCCUGGCCGGCGCCGUGCUGGUGGCCCCGGCCGGCGGCAGGGGCGUCGCGUUUGGGUCGCUGCGGACCAGCGGCCCUGCCGCAGGGGCGUCGGGCGUGGCAGUCCGCGGCCUAAAGGGCGCCCUGAUGUCCUCCGCGCGCGGCCCCGCCGAGCCGCUGGCCUUGUCGCUGAGCCCACGGUCGGGCGCCGCGACGCUGGCGUCGGCCGCCGCCGCUGAGCCGCUUGAUGGCACGUCGUUCAAGGGCGCCGGCUGCGCGCUGCGGGCGUCCGGCGGCCAGCUGCGGCUGGACUGCCGCGAACUGAAGCUGGAGGGCCGCCUGGUCGGGGAGGGGCAGAUCUCCGCGCUUCUACAGAUCUCGGGAUCUCUGACAGCCGCCGGCAAGCUGGCCGAUGCCAAGGCGGCACCCUCUGACCUGCCACCGCCACUGCAGAGCCAGGCGACGCGCCGGCGCGCCCUCCUUGCAGAGGCGCCGCCGCCCGCCCUCGGCGCCCGUGGCUGCGCCGCCGGCGCCGCCGUCGCAGCCAACGGCUCGUGCGCGUGCGCCGCAGGCUGGGGCGGCCGGGACUGCUCGGUCUGCCGGGAAAACUCGGUCUGCCCGGGGUUCACAGGGCAGCCCAACAGCACCUGCGACGCCAAUCUCACCUAUGGCCCGACGACCUCGUACAAGGCGUAUGACUGCGACCUGAUCGGCGGCCUCAGCAAAUGGGUGACGGGCGUUGCGGCGCUGUGCAACGUGCGUGGCGAGCGGCUGCCGUUUGGCUACGGGCCCCUUGGCCUCAAGGUGAGCAGCACGCGCAAGUCGCGUCGGAGCGGCAGCCGAGCCAUGAGCGUCGCGGCCAACCUGGCGGCCUGCUGA